AUGCUGGCGAAGGCGCAGGUCGUGCGGGACGCGGUCGAGGAGGCGCCGCACGUCGGCUUCCCCGCCACGGCCCUCCACAAGCUGCCGCGGGCCGCCUUCUUCCUCACAGAGGGUGCAGCCAAGUUGCUGUCGCAGAGGCAGCUUGCCACGCUCCGCGCGCUGCCGGCCGUCGAUGACACCGUGCUGGAGCGGGUGCUCGUGUCGCUCUCAGUGCGGCUCAGGGGCCACUGCCGCCGCCGCUUGCUUCUCUUCGAAUCUGGCGACUGCCUCGGCAGUGCUGGCGGCAUGGCGCUGAUACCGCCUGGGAUGGCCCUUGAAGACCUCGACCAGAUCCUUCCCCGGCUCGUGGACAACGGCCUGCCCGACGGAGGUGAGUUUCUCGUGGUGAGCUUGCACGACGACGAUCGGCUGCGCAAGCUGGUCCACCUGCUCGUGUGGCACGGCUUCCUGCCCAUGGGCGGCGGCGGCAUGCUCCUGCCGAAAAUUCACUUGGAGCGCAUGCACAUCCGCAUGGCCCGCGUUGCCACCCAAUGCCCGGCCCAGUCGCUCCGCACCCUCGCUGCCGCCCGCCCGGUCAUCAAGCCAGGCUCCGUGCACGUGGGUCGGAAGGUGCGACGGCGCGCCAAGGACUUUCAGCUGACCUUCAACCAGGCGUGGCACGUGGUCGUCCAGAGCAAGCACACCUUCACCAACCGGAAGGGGGACUGCUGGCUGACGGACGAGCUGUCUCAGGUCUACCAGGCCGCCAACAGCGUAAGCGGGAAGUGGCACCGGGAGGGUAUCCAGAUGCGCUGGCGCCACCCGUCGCGGGGGGUCGGGUGGCGGAUCUCGUUCCACUCCGUGGAGUUGUGGCACAAGGCUUCCGGGGAGCUGGUCGCGGGAGAGAUCGGGUACACGUGUGGGGCUGUCUACAGCAGCUGCACGGGCUUUGCCCUUAAGGAGCAGUUUCCUGGCGCAGGGUCCGUGCAGUUGGCGUCGUUGGGGCGGUGGCUGGAGCGCUGUGGCUUCGAGAUCUGGGAUCUGGGUAUGGAGAUCCUGGGGCAAGACGCAGCAUAUGAGAUGGACUACAAGCUCGAGCUUGGGGGCAAGUCUGUGCCGCGGGACGAGUGGGCGGGGCACAUCAGGAGAUUGCGGGACGUUGUGGUACCUCUGCGGCAGCCGCACGGAGACGAGGGGGAGGCUGGCAGGCUUCUGGCAGGCGAUCCCGCAGGCCCUGCUGCAGGGGAAGCUCUGGCGCCAGUCGCUGCAGCCUCUCGGCCUCCGUAG